UUGGAAACUGAGCAAUUUCUACAAUUUCUCCAUUGUUGUAAAACAAUUGAUACAAUCAAAAUGGCAAACUGGCCAGCAAUUGGUUCAAUAAUCCUGCCAAACCUUGGUGGAUGGGCUAACGGGUUAUACUAUGCUGGACAGAUCCGGAAGGCUGAUAAGAAAGUCUGGUAUGAUGACCUGAAGAAACCUUCCUGGACUCCACCUAAAUGGGUCUUUGGACCGGCUUGGACUGUUUUAUACAGUGGGAUGGGUUAUGCUUCAUAUCUGGUGUGGGAAGACUGUGGUGGAUUUAGUGAGUCGUCGUUACUCCCUCUUUCACUUUACGGUGGCCAACUUUUGCUUAACUGGGCCUGGACUCCAAUAUUCUUUGGAAUGAAGGACUUUAAAUUGGCCUUAAUAGACAUCUCGCUGUUGAACGCUCCCUCAACUACUAUGUAUGGAAGAACAACCCCAAGAUUGAGGAGAUCAAGGACGACAAGGAAAAGUAGAGAUAUCCAAAAUUAUCCUGAGAUAAGUUAG